CUCAUUUCUCAGUCAGUCUGUACCAACAUUGUUACCAGUAAGGAUUUCCUUUUCUCAAAAUUAUUUGGAGAGAUAAACUUCUUGAACAAAAUCCUGCUGAUUGUGCACAUAAAAUAGCAAGGUGAAAUUGACAGAGGUAAACAAAAGAUGUUUGGCACAUCCUGGAUUUUAGUCAUGGCGGUGAAGCUACUAUUAGCCGAUGAUGAUUUACUGAGGGAAGCCCAAAUAUUUCCACAUGUGGAAUAUGUUCAAUUAGGCUCAAGUGCUACCUUCUUCUGCAAGGUGAACAGCAGUAUCUACACAAGUGCACAUCUGUCCUGGACGUUGAAUCCAAAUAUAACUGCAGGAGUGCAAGAUGGUUGUAUAAGUGAGACUGUGAGAUUUAUUACUAUACAAAACAUCUCAGCUGCGUCUGUGGAAAUAAUCUGUAAAAUUCCUGCAUCUGAUUCCUAUAAAGACCUUCAUCUAGAUAAAAUUUUCAUUAAAACUGGAAAUCCACCAGAAACCCCACACAAUAUUUCAUGUAUCUACUUCCAUAUAAGAAACUUAACUUGUACCUGGAUUACUGAAAAGAAAACAAGACUUCCAACUAUUUUCACCCUAAGUAGGAUAACGUCUCUUGGUAAAUCAGUUCUGUGUAGGACCAAGAAGAACUUCUGUACUUCCUUUUAUCUUGGUGACGGGGAGCACCUUGAUGGGGAAUAUGAAGUCCAAGUGGAAGCUGAGAAUGAACUUGGAAAUGCUGCAAGUCCUGUGAUACAAGUGAACACCUACAUAUUAGUGAAACUGGACCCUCCUAACAGUUUGUGUUUGGAACCGUUUUGCACUAAAAAUCCAUCAUUGCUGUUGUCAUGGAGAAGACCUGUUCUGGCACCUGAUGACAUGAAUGUGAAUUGUACUAUGCGGUAUAAACAGCUACUGAGUUUUCACUGGGGAUAUCGUCAUAAUCUGUACAUGGGAAAAGAGGAAGAGAUGAGUUAUAACCUCACAGGACUUGAAGCUUUUACUGACUACACAGUUUCUAUGAGAUGUAUUGGAAACGAUGGGCAAAUUUUUUGGAGCAAUUGGAGUGAGGACAUUACAAGAAGGACAUUAGAAAAAGCACCCUCUCACAGUGUUGAACUAUGGAGAACGGUCACUAAUUUGAACAACACAAGACUGGUACAUUUACUAUGGAAGGAAAGGUCCAUUGUAAAACAUUCUGGGAUAACACAAGGGUUUGUUGUACAGUGGCACCCUGAAAAUAGCAUAUUUGCUCGCCAGAAUAAAACAACAAGACAGAAUGAAAUGGUGCUGGACUUACCUAAUAAAGCCUACAUGAUAUCUGUGAUAUAUUACAACUCUGCUGGAUCAUCUCCAAGUGCUACAUUGAGAAUCCCAGCCAGUGAGGAAAAGACUCAAAGCCUGAUUCACAGCGCUCAGGUGUUUAUAAUGAAUGAAACUGUGGCUAUGAUCUGGAAUGUUACAGACAUCAGGAUAAAGACGUAUAUGGUAGAGUGGAGCAUGGACUCCAUACUGAACCCAUGUAGUAAUAUAUCCUUUCAACAAGUGGAAAAUUCAUUAGAAUGGACUGGAGACAAAGGGAUCUUUGAGCUGUACACUCGGUAUAGAAUUUCUGUCUACCCCAUACUAGAAGAGAAGGUGGAAGCUCCUUAUACUUCCUAUUUCUAUGUCAAGGAAGCAGCUCCACUCCAUGGCCCAAAUACCACAGUAAUAAACCUGAGAGAAACAGAGGCAACAAUCAAAUGGGAUCCAAUCAGACAAGAUGACGCCAAUGGCUUCAUAACUUCAUUUAGUGUUGUUUACAAUUCUCUCAAUGGACGUGAAUCUGUUGCUACAGUGAGCAGUGAUGUCUAUGAAUACACCUUACAAUCCUUGAAGCCGAAAACUUUGUACACUGCUUAUGUGGUAGCUAGCACCCAAGCCGGGAACACAAGUGGACCCCAUGUUCACUUCACUACACUUCAAUACAAAAGUGAAGAAUAUGGCCACGUUAUUGGAACAAUCGGAGUACUUGUGGUGCUUGUAGUAGCGUUUGGAAUUGCAUACACACGUAAGAAGGAAAUGAUCAAACAUCUCUUCUGGCCAGAUGUUCCCGACCCAGCACACAGUAGCAUUACUGAAUGGUCUCCAGAUUGGGUGAAGGCUGCUCUUCUUGUGAAUCCAGAAGAGAGUGAUGGAGUGUUCCACAAAGGAGACCUUCAGGUUCUGCACACUGUUUACAUAAAUGAAAAAGCAUUCCUUAAGGAUGAAGAAGAUAGGAAGCGUCUAAGUGUUGACACAGUGAGAAGCACUGACUCACGAACUUCCCAAGAGGAUUCCUCUCCGGUGCACUAUGCCAUCACAGAGUUCCAUCAUGAAUUGUUAGAAAGCAUGCCAUUAUUACAGUCUACUUCAUGUUCAGUGACCACCAGCUGCAGCUCACUAGUGUCCUUGGGUGACAUGCACUCUGAAAUCCAGGAGACACCCCAUGUGUUGGAACUAGAGCAGCUGAGUGUAGACAUUCUUCCAGAAGUGAACCCAUAUCUGAAAAACUCUGUAAACACCAGGGAGACCAUACAAUUUGUCAAUAGCUAAAUGCAAUUACAGAAGUGGUCCAUGCUUCUUGUCACUUUAUACCAUACAGCCAGCUGCCUGUGGUGCCACCAGGAGACGCUCAUCUUCAUCGAGCAUUGAUACAGGUUCCGUGCAUUCUGUUGAUUAUAUUAAAGCGUAUGUUAACCCCCAAAAAA